AUAUGUGCAUGGGUGUGUGAGAGCUCGGAACACAGAGAGCUAUUAUAGUGUCAUAACAAAGUAGUGUUUGGCAAUCCUAUCGACUCCACUAGGAAAAAAAUGUCAGAAUAUGCAGGAAACACAAUAACUCAGAAUGAUAGGGAGAUGGUGGCUCUUAACAUGAAAUGCAACUCAAAAGAUGACGAAGACCCAAAUCUUGAGCAGUAUGUGCAAAAGUUAACGAAGGAAAUGGAUGAUAAUUGCGAAGUGAGCACGGUGUGCUUCUUUUACAACUUCACGGGGGACACAGCGACCUUUGUUGAUAGCAAGGUGUGGGAUAUCCCUGCCGUGGCUCCUCCGUGCAGAGACAUUAAAGAUGGGCGGAGGCUUUUUUUCUUGCACAGAAGAACCCUUGGAACUGCUGUUGUGUAUCGUGGUAAGAACGCAACUGAAGAUGAGUGUGAUUGGAUGCUUGCUUGGUCCAACCUACAACAGGAUCACAAGCCUGUCAACAAGGUUUAUACUGAAAUUAAUGAAGCUCAUCACUACGACGAUGAUCAUGUUUGGAAGGCAAUUGCUCGACACUUGUACGAAUCUGGGCAGAGCAGCACCGCCACGUGGAAUGGAUGCACGUCAACUUUAGAGAUAAAAGACAUGGGCUGUAGCCGUACCCUCACUGCAUUUCUCAAGCACACGCCCACCUCUCCCUACAAGAAAAUAAAUAUACUAAUGAAUAAUAAAAUGCCCAUAUAUAUAUAUAUAUAUAUAUAUAUAUAUAUAAUGGUAUAUAAUAAAAUGUCCAUGUGUGUCUCUCGGCCGCCCAUGGUCCGUGGUUAAAGCUUGCAACUUACAUGUUGCAUGUUUCGAACUCGAAUCUUAAAGAGUGGGGUGAAAAGAUAUGAAUGGGGAAAGAGUUGGCUCCUCUUGUACAA